UAAAGGAUUAGAAAAAUCACUGGCAAACAAAAAGAAAAUGUGGUCAAAACUUCUUUGUGCCUUGCCAUUUGUGUUAUUCUUGGUGCCAUAUCCAGGGGAGAGUUCAGAAAUAAACGUUGCUGCAAAACCUAAUGAAGAUAUUGCCUCGGAAUUAUUGAAUGCUUGGAAGGAAGGAUGUGCGGCAACAACGGCAAGCACCAUUGUGAUCCCGAAAGGCACAUAUCCAAUGACCCAAGUUGAACUUGUCGGUCCAUGCAAAGCCCCAAUUGAGCUUCAAAUUUUGGGCACCUUAAAAGCCCCUUCUGAUCCUAAGACCUUCGAUAGCUCCAAGGAUUGGUUAACUCUUAAAAACGUUGAUAGUUUCACACUUUCGGCUGGUAUUUUUGAUGGCCAAGGAACUGCUACUUGGGAACAAGAAGAUUGCAAGAAUACUGGAUCUUGCGAUAAGCUUCCAAACAAUUUGAGCUUCAAUUUCGUAACGAACUCGUUGAUUAAAAACAUAUUUUCUCUAGAUAGCAAACUGUUCCAUGUCAGUGUUUUGGGCGGUAAAAACAUAACAUUCGAUCAUGUUGCUAUUAAAGCACCAGGGACUAGUCACAACACCGUUGGGAUCUAUAUUUCAAAAGUACCCGAUGUCACCAUACAGAAUAGCCUUAUAGGAACGGGAGACGAUUGUGUAGCAAUCAUGGAUGGGACAGAAAACCUUGUCAUCAAAGGACUGGUAUGUGGGCCCGGACGUGGCAUCACUGUCGGAAGCCUUGGCAAUACCCCUGAUGAAGAGCCAGUUAAGGGUGUGCAUGUGGAGGACUGCAAAUUAAUUGGAACAGAAAACGGUCUUAGAAUUAAAACAUUGCCUAAUUCUCAGCCUGGAAAAGUAACCGAUAUACAUUACAAUAAUAUAGAGAUGGAAGAUGUCAAAAAUCCAAUUAUAAUUAAUCAAGAACACUGUCCGAAUAAAAAAAAUUGCUCAAUCGAGAAGCCAUCACAAGUAAAGAUCAGCAAAGUAAGCUAUAACCACAUACUUGGCGCUUCUGCGUCAAAAGUUGCAGUGACCUUAAAAUGCAGUAGUGCGGUGCCAUGUGAAGAUGUUGAGGUGGGCGACAUUAACUUGACCUUCAAUGGAGCUCCCGCGGAAUCUAUAUGUUCAAAUAUUAAGCCUGUUUUAAGUGGAAAGCAAGUUCCUUCUUUGUGCUCCUAAGUCGGAUUAAUUAAGGAAUUAGUUACUAGCUAGUAUUUGUUUCCCAUCAGAGGAAAAAUUUUGGGUUUGAUUGUUUUUGUGUUUUGUGUUGUUUUGUUUUGUACGGAGUAUUUCUUUUCAUUAAACGGAUAGUACGCGUAGGUUAUGGCUGUCGUUCAAUAUGUUGUCCAUGCUGUCUGGCUAAGAUGCUUACUAGCUAAAAUGUGUGAGUAGAGUAGUAGACAAUUUAUCUUUACUUGUAAUAUUUUUU